CGUAACCGUAGAAUGAUUUUGAAAAUAUGUACAUACUAGGUCUGUUUAGCAAUACAGUAUGCGCGCAUGGUGCUUGACAAAAGUUUACGGGUUCGCGCGUUUGCAAAUAUUCUCAGCUUUUCAAGAAUCUUGCCAAAAAUGGGACCUCUCGAGAGUGCGAAGAAAGUUGCUGCUUACAAAGCAGUUGAUGAAUUUGUGAAGAAUAACAGUGUUAUUGGAAUUGGUAGUGGCUCUACUAUAAUAUACGCUGUUCACAGGCUUGUUGAACGUGUAAAGGAAGAAAAUCUUAAUGUUGUUUGCAUUCCUACUUCAUUUCAAGCUCGUCAGCUAAUAUUGAAUAAUCAUCUUAUACUGGGUGAUUUGGAGACGUAUCCUAAAUUAGAUUGUGCAAUUGAUGGAGCAGAUGAAGUCGAUUCUGACAUGAAUCUCAUUAAAGGUGGAGGAGGUUGUCUACUUCAAGAAAAGAUUGUUGCAUCCUGUGCUAAUCAAUUUGUUAUAAUAGCCGAUUAUACGAAGAAUUCUCAACAACUUGGUGAACAGUACAAAAAAGGUAUUCCUAUUGAAGUAAUUCCUAUGGCAUAUACUGCCAUUCAAAAAAGAAUUGAAGAUAAUUAUGGUGGACUUGUACAAGUUAGAAUGGCUUUGGCUAAAGCUGGUCCAGUUAUAACAGAUAAUGGUAAUUUCAUCCUUGAUUGGCACUUUCCACCAAGUUUGAGCAAUUGGAAUAAAAUUAACACAGAGAUCUCAAUGAUGCCUGGAGUUGUCGAAACAGGACUUUUUAUAAAAAUGGCCAAAAAAGUGUUUUUUGGAAUGCCCGAUGGUAGUGUUAAAGAACAGUCCUAAAAUAUAAUUUAAAUAUUAGGUUACAUGUUUUAUAAUAUUGGUACUAUUGACUUAAAGUUUGGACAAAAGGGUUUAAAAAAUCCUAGUUUUUCUUAUGUGAAAUGAUAAUACAUUUUCAUACUUGCCAUUGAUUCACAUUUUCAUUAUAGUCAUAUAUCUUUAUGUCAUUUUUUCUACAAGUGAAUCUUAAAAGAGAUUGUGUUCUACAGACUGAGAUACUUUUAUUUACUUAUAUUUUAAUUUGUGGAAAAACGGAACAUUUAAAAUACUUAAUAAGUACUGACAAUGAGUUUUCCGUUUUUAUGAUCUUUAUUUUACAUGUGUUAUGAAUGGUGCUCAAAUAAUUAUAUAUGUUAUUUGUAUAAUAGUCAUUUAAUGUAAAAUCAAAAGUUAAAGAGAUAUAAAAAUGGAAAUUUUUAUUUAA